AUGCAAGAAUCACAAAGCGAAACUUCAUACAUACACAAGCAGUAUGUUGUAUUGGAUCAAACAUUUGUAGUUUUCGAUUCUGAUCAGCCAAAAAAUGCCAGUCAGAAGUUGAAAUUGAAUCGCCUAGCUGGUGUCGGACCCAUUUAUUGGCGGUUUCAGACAAACGCUCCAACAAGGUACAUUGUGAGCCCAAGUCAUGGAAUCUUGAGUGACGAUGAGCCAGUUGAAGUGACUGUAACAUUAUAUCAGAAUCGUUUUCGCCCAAGACAUGAACUCUUUUUACAAGCAGCUCCAGUUUCUGAAACGGCCGGAUUCGAUCCAAAAACAAUAUUCGAAACGACUGAAACUGCUCAAGUGACAUAUCUGGAUCUUGGAACGACUGUAAUGAAAAUAGAAUCGGCUCUCGAAAAUUCGAAAUCAGCGACAGAUCUUCAUCAAGCUCUCGACGCAUCUGCAUCAGUUGGUGCUGAUCGUGUUGAUCAAUUACAGUCAAUUCUGAAUUUGACCAACUGCGAUACGGAGCAGUUGGUGAACAACAUUCAUCAAGCAAAACAGUUGAAAAUAACUUUGGAUUCUCAAUUGGAAGAGAGAAAACGAUUGGUGGAAGAGUACAAGGCGAGGCUGACAAUGUUGGAAGGAAGCUAUAUGCGAAAGAGUGCUGAAGUUAAUCGCCUCCAAAAUGAGCUACUGAAUCAGCAAAAAGCUCAGGCAAUGAAGGCGUCCGCUUCGCCAAACAACAAAAGUGCUGGAAAUUGUUGUAUUUCGUGA